CGCUGCCGCUGCCGCCGUCGCGUUCGCGUCAGCGUAGUGGCAAGCACGGGGGUACAGCCCGCGGCAUCCCAUCCUCGUCUGCUUUCAGGAGAGAAAGAGAAAAAAAUACCUGGGAAAAUUAUACCUGCCAGAAUUAGCAAGAGCUUGUGUUAAGAAGAAAUUUGUCAAACUCCUCAACAAACUGAAGCUUAAGAGUUAUAGUUACUGAUCAGAAAUAUGGACAGACUUCUUAGACUUGGAGGAGGUAUGCCUGGACUGGGCCAGGGGCCACCUACAGAUGCUCCUGCAGUAGACACAGCAGAACAAGUCUAUAUCUCUUCCCUGGCACUGUUAAAAAUGUUAAAACAUGGCCGUGCUGGAGUUCCAAUGGAAGUUAUGGGUCUGAUGCUUGGAGAAUUUGUUGAUGAUUACACGGUCAGAGUAAUUGAUGUGUUUGCUAUGCCACAGUCAGGAACAGGUGUCAGUGUGGAGGCAGUUGAUCCAGUGUUCCAAGCCAAAAUGUUAGAUAUGUUGAAGCAGACAGGAAGGCCCGAGAUGGUUGUUGGUUGGUAUCACAGUCACCCUGGCUUUGGUUGUUGGCUUUCUGGUGUGGAUAUCAACACUCAGCAGAGCUUUGAAGCCUUGUCGGAGAGAGCUGUGGCAGUGGUUGUGGAUCCCAUUCAGAGUGUAAAAGGAAAGGUUGUUAUUGAUGCCUUCAGAUUGAUCAAUGCUAAUAUGAUGGUCUUAGGACAUGAACCAAGACAAACAACUUCAAAUCUGGGUCACUUAAACAAGCCAUCUAUUCAGGCACUAAUUCAUGGACUAAACAGACAUUAUUACUCCAUUACUAUUAACUAUCGGAAAAAUGAACUGGAACAGAAGAUGUUGCUAAAUUUGCACAAGAAGAGUUGGAUGGAAGGUUUGACACUUCAGGACUACAGUGAACAUUGUAAACACAAUGAAUCAGUGGUAAAAGAGAUGUUGGAAUUAGCCAAGAAUUAUAAUAAGGCUGUAGAAGAAGAAGAUAAGAUGACACCUGAACAGCUGGCAAUAAAGAAUGUUGGCAAGCAGGACCCCAAACGUCAUUUGGAGGAACAUGUGGAUGUACUUAUGACUUCAAACAUUGUCCAGUGUUUAGCAGCUAUGUUGGAUACUGUCGUAUUUAAAUAAAGCAACGCAAAAAGCUAUUAGUGAUACUUUCAGUGUAUAUUCCUCUGUUGUUCCUAAUGCUCAAAAUCAAGGGACCUCUGAAGGUGUAUUUGGUUAAAUGUAAGACAUCUGGCAUCAUUUGCAGCACUGUAACACCUUCAGUCUCAGUUGUGCAAUUACUUCUGUUUCUUUAGUCAGGGUCUUUGCAGAUUCCAAAGUUGUACAAGAAUACAUCAAAGUGGACAAAUUUUGUUAAGAUCCCAUUUAAUAUUUGAAAAAAUCAGUAGCACAAAUAUAUUUUGAUUGUUGCUUACAAAAUAAAAUACAUUUACAAUCUA